CUGUUGCCCGCUCCGUACUUUUUUCGGUUGAGCAAGGCGACUGCCGCUCGUCUCGCAUUAUUUCACCUUGCGAUGAAUGAAAACUGUGGUGGGUAGUCCUGUGCACAUAUUAUUCAUACAAAAAACUAAUCGAAACUUGUUAAAAGGUGUUGUGAAACAGUGUGUAAAGGUGGAUUCGUGGUGAUAGUGUUUUUACCAGUUCUUCCUUUAUUUUGUGAGACAGGUAAAGUGUUUACGUGCAGAGGUACAUGUUCGUGUGAAAAUUCAGUUCUCCGGCUUUCCACAGUCGCCGAUUAAUGGGAUCUUGUUGAUCAACAGGAAGUAAAGGUCACGCGGCACCAUGCCGGAGAGCGUGGCCAAGGAAAGUAAAGAGGACACGCGGUCCGGCAAGUUGGCCUCACCGCGCCGCCGCCCUAUCACCGGCAACCUCGUCCGGAUCAAGGUCGAACUGCUCGACGGGUCAUAUUUGGACUUUGAAGCUGAUAGAAAAAUCCGCGGUCAUGAGCUGUUGGGCAAAGUUUGCGACAGCUUGAACCUCGUGGAAAAGGAUUAUUUCGGGUUGCUGUACGAGGACCGCGGCGAUCCGCGUUGCUGGAUCGACCUCGAGAAGCGCGUCACCAAGUUGCUCAAACACGACCCAUGGGAGGUACGGUUCGCGGUGAAGUUUUACCCACCAGAGCCGGCGCAACUGCAGGAGGAGCUCACCAGGUACCAGCUUGUACUCGCCAUACGCAAAGAUCUGCUGGAAGGCCGCCUGCCCUGCUCCACGGUGACACACGCUCUCCUGGCCAGCUACCUGCUGCAGUCGGAGUUGGGUGACUAUGAGGAGUCGGAGGUAGGCGCGGGGCUGUGCAAGCAGCUCAAGCUGGUGCCCCCCGCCUCCUGCACGCCGGAACUCGAGGAGAAGGUCCUUGAACUGCAUAAGACGCAUAGAGGUCAAACCCCAGCAGAAGCAGAACUUAACUAUCUGGAGAACGCAAAGAAGUUGGCCAUGUACGGAGUGGACUUCCACCCCGCCAAGGACUCCGAAGAUGUGGACAUCACACUUGGCGUUUGCUCCUCUGGCAUAUUGGUGCAUAGGGAAAAACUCCGCAUCAAUCGCUUCGCGUGGCCGAAGAUCUUGAAGAUCAGCUACAAGCGUCACAAUUUCUACGUGAAACUGCGUCCGGGCGAGUUCGAGCAAUUCGAGUCCACGGUCGGGUUCAAGUUGGCUAAUCACCGAGCUGCGAAAAAGUUAUGGAAGACCUGUGUCGAACAUCACACAUUCUUCAGGCUGAUGUCGCCCUCGCCGGCGCAGCGCAGCGGGCUGUUCCCGCGCCUGGGCUCGCGCUUCCGCUACUCGGGGCGCACGCACUACGAGUCGCGCGCCGCGCCGCCCACGCGCGCGCCGCCGCUCUUCUCGCGCACGCUCAGCCACCGCAAGCUCUCCUCGCGCUCCAUGGACGCGCUUGCAGGCGAGAAGGAUGAGUCGAUGCCGGGAGAUGCAGCAAAGCGGCACACCAUGCCGCCACAGCCCGCGCCUAGACCCACCAUCAAGGACAAGCUGCGGCGCGUUUCGGGGGGCACCAGCGCCUCCUCCGCAUCCUCCCUCGAGGGGGAGUACCUCGCGCCACCGGACAAGAAGCCGCCCGCCGGGGCGGUGAAGGUGAUGCCAACAGCACCCCCUACUGAUAAGAAGGAAGAGAAAAAGGAGAAGGUUGUUGAGCAGAAGAAACCCGCUGAGAACGGCACAGACACGUCCAGUGAUCCUGGUGUCACAAACAAUGUAGAUACUACGCCUAGGAAAUCUAAGGCGGGAGGUUUUGGUUUAUUCGGUGGCAAGAAAUCACCUGAAAAGUCUCCAAAAGAAAAAUCGCCUAAGGUCAAAGACAGAUCACCAAAAUCGCCUAAAGACAAAAAGAUCAAAGAUCCUAAAAGUAAAGUCGCCAUGCUUGAUUCAUCUAACGAGAGUUCAAAUCUCGAUAGUUCAUUAGAAAAAAGCCCUGUUAAAACCGACGAGAAACCAAGCUACACAAAGCCCUAUGAAUACACAGAUACUGAAAAGAGUCCAUCGCGCACCAAACCUAUACUUCAAGGUGCAUUCAGUUAUGACAAAGAACCGAUUUCGGAUGAAAGACAGAAAUAUCAUGAUGCCAGUCAAAGUCCAUCCACCAGAAAGGCAGGCCUUGCUUUCAAUUACGCACCAGGCCAAGACAAAAAGUUAGUUGAAAGCGCUGAGAAACGAAAAACACCAGAAGAUCCUAGCAAGCUUAUUACACCAGGCAUAGAUUACGUGCAGUCAGCUGCUUUGAAGGAACAGGCUAAAGCGAACGUUAUCGAUCCUACACUUGCUUUACUAAACGCGGAGAGAGCAAUGCAUGAAACACCAGUUGGAGCUGCCGCACCCGUAGCUGUAGUAAAACCUGAAAACGAAGUACAAGUAGUCAUAAUUACCGGUAAAUAUAAUCCCAAAUCGAAGAAGCUCGACGAUGCCAAUGGAACUGUUCUAGUUACAAAAGGAACAAUUAACAAAGGCAACGGCAAGAUUCAAACUGAAAAGGAAUUAAUUAAUACGAAGUCUGGACAAAUCACGUACACAAAUCCAGCUACAGGAAAAGAAGAAACCAAGAAUGGUCACGUUGAUAAUAAAACGGGACAUAUUCUAUUUAAUUCAGGUGUAAUUGAUCCCAAAACGGGCAAAAUUGACCCUACUUUAGCUCAACAGUAUUGUUUUGUGGACAAAGCUGAUGAUAAGGUAGGUGCCAAACCUGGUAGAGAAGUCGACUUGGUCGUCAUCACAGCCAAAUAUGACGGCAAACACAAGAAAUUAGAUGCCUCUCACGGACAUGUUGACGUUUCAAAGGCAAUUGUAGGACCCGAUGGCAAAGUAUCUUCAAACUUUGGCGUCAUUGAUCCUAGAAAUGGUAGAAUUGACUACAUCGACCCAAAAACCGGGAAGCAGGAGCCUAAACAAGCCUAUGUCGACCAGAAAACUGGUAACAUUCUUAUAACUACUGGAGUCACUGAUCCAAAAUCAGGAAAGGUCGAUUCUUCUCUUGGCCAGCAAUUCAGCAUAGUUGAGAAAGAUGCAACAAAAGCUAACAGAGAAGUCAGAUUAGUAGUUGUUACAAGCAAAUACGAUGUGAAGAACAAGAAAUUAGACCCGCACUUUGCUCAUGUUGACGCAGUAAAAGGUGUUUUGAGUGGAACUGAUGGCAAGAUCUACACUGAGUACGGAGUUAUUGACCCUAGGACUGGUGAUAUCCAAGUUACUGAUCCUAAGACAGGAAAAACAGACGUCAAACAUGCUCAAGUUGACGCUAAGACAGGUAACAUCCUGCUUUCAUCUGGAGUUGUAGAUCCAAGGACAGACCAAUUAGAUACUACAUUGGGACAACAGUACAGUAUUGUCGAUAAACCUAUGAGUACAUUUGCCGUCGUACCUGGAAAAGAAGUGCAAGUUGUUGCUAUUACAUCGAAAUACGACACAAAGAACAAAAAAUUAGAUAACCCUAACGGUUUCAUUGAAACUUCUCAAGCCAUUAUUAGUGACAAAGAUGGCACAGUCCAUACAAACUUUGGUAUAUUAGAUCCGAACUCCGGAAAAAUAUAUUUCACUGAGCCCAAAACCGGAAAGAGAGAUUCCAAACAAACCACCAUUGAUCCUAAAACGGGCAGCUUUCUCAUCACCUCUGGAGUUGUUGACCCCAAAACUGGAAAGACUGACUCUUCCCUUGCUCAGCAACUCACUGUGGUUGAUAAGGAUGCUCCUAAAGGAAUCCCUGAAAGACAUGUCAAUCUGGUCAUUGUCACAAGCAAAUACGAUCCUAAAAAUAAGAAAUUAGAUCUCUCAAAGGCUCACGUUGACACAAUUCCUGGAAAAAUCGGUGUUGAUGACAAAGUUCUUACCGAUUACGGUGUUGUUGAUCCAGCAUCUGGUCAAAUUAUAAUUACAGACCCUGUAACAGGUAAACAAGAGGUGAAGAAAGCCACUGUUGAUCCUAAGACAGGAAACCUGUUACUUACUUCGGGUGUUGUAGAUCCGCACACAGGACAGAUCGAUCCUAGCCUUGGACAGCAGAUAAGUAUUGUUAAUAAACCUAAAGAUAAGUUUGCCGCAGUGCCAGGUAAAGAAGUACAACUGGUUGUUAUAACAAACAAAUAUGACUCUAAGAAUAAGAGGUUAGAUAAUCCCAAUGGCUAUGUAGAGACCUCAAGAGGCGUCGUUGCUUCUGACGGAAAAGUUCACACGAACUUCGGUAUUCUUGAUCCGAAAACGGGUAAGUUUGAAUGCAUUGAUCCUAAGACAGGGAAACAGGAUAUAAAGCAAGCUGUUGCUGACCCUAAAACUGGGCAUUUCAUUCUGACAUCAGGCGUUGUUGAUCCGAAGACCGGAAAGAUAGAUUCUUCUUUAGCACAGCAGCUAAGCAUUGUUGAUAAAGACGUAAAACCAGUUGAACGUGAAAUUCAUUUGGUUAUUAUUACAACUAAAUAUGACCCACGAACGAAAAAAAUUGAUCCGAGCCAAGCUCAUGUCGAUACUGUCAGUGGAACCAUUGGACCUGAUGGUAAGAUCAGAACUGCAGUUGGAGUUGUUGAUCCAGCAACAGGGGAAAUCAUUAUUACAGAUCCCAAGACGGGGAAACAGGAGGUCAAGAAAGCACAAGUCGAUCCUUCUAACGGACAUAUGCUCAUCACAAGUCAAGUUGUGGAUCCAAACACUGGAAGAGUCGAUCCAACUCUUGCUCAACAGUACAGUAUUGUGAACAAAACCGUUACACCUAUUGCUAAGCCAGUUAGUAAAGGCGAAGUUCGACUCGUUAUUGUUACAAGCAAGUAUGAUCCAAAAACCAAAACUGUAGACGCCGGUUCUGGAACCAUUGAUGCUUCGAAAGGUUAUGUUAGUGCUGAAGAUGGAAAGAUUCAUACAGAUUUCGGCAUUAUCGAUCCUAAAUCGGGUCAGAUUCUAUACAAAGACCCAGCAAGUGGAAAGCAAGAAUUGAAGCAAGCGGAAAUCGAUCCAAAGACAGGAAAUAUUAUUGUUACUACUGCAGUUGUUGACCCUAAAACAGGCAAAGUGGACCCCUCAUUCGCCCAGCAACUUACUAUUGUAGACAAAAACAACGUGUUGCCUAAAGUAGCGCCAAUCACCCAGAGAGCUAGCGCGUCCCCAGCAAGACAGAUCCCGUCCCCAGUAAAAACGCCUGCUUCCACCCCAAUGCAAACUCCUUUACAAUCGCCGGUACGUACUUCAUCGCCAGUAAUUGCUAGUUACGCGCAGAAAGCUUCGCCUAUCACUGCCGUUCAAAGAGCGUCGCCUGUUAAGCCUACAACGGCUCCUCCCGAACCACCCAAGAGGAAGAUUGUCAAAAUCAUGGUUGUGUUCACUAAACUCGACCCUAAGACGAAGAAACCCGAUCUGUACACCGCUGAAGUGGAACAUCUUACUGGCAUUCUUGAUCCUAACGGCCAGAUUGAAACUAAGUAUGGUGUAAUAGAUUCUAACAAAGGUACUAUUGUCGUUACGGAUGCCGCAGGACAGAAACAAACCAGGGAUGGUACGGUUUUGCCUGAAACUGGUCAAAUAUUCAUCCAUUCAGGAGCAGUUGAUCCUAAGACUGGCAAAACUGAUCCUAAUUUAGGAAUGCUUUUGAGUGUUGCCAAACAAGAUGAUCCUGUUGUUGAAAUUACAACUAUUACUGGCCAAGUUGACCCUAGAACCGGAAAGGUUAAUAUUGAAACCGGUACGAUAGAACACACUAAAGGCAAAGUCGACGCUGAUACCGGACAUAUUUCAACGAAGUAUGGCGUUAUUGACCCUUCAAAUGGAGUUAUAUUCGUUACCAACACAUCUGGCGCACAAGACACCAAACCUGUCCAUAUUGAUGAGAACAACGGCCAAAUUACUGUCACUGGUGCGAUCGAUCCCAAAACUGGCAAAUCUAAUCCAACUUUAAGUCAGUUAAUAGUUGUGGGAACUCACAUUGACCCAGUAGUUGAAGUAACAACAUUUGUCGGAAAAGUUGAUGCAAAGAAGGGAGUUAUUGAACCCAAACACUCUGUCAUUGAAAGUACUACUGGUCAACUUAACCCUGAAACCAACAAAAUUGAUACUAAAUAUGGACAAAUAGACCUAGUUAAGGGAACAGUCACAUACAACGACCCAAAGACGGGAAAAUUCGAGAGUAAAGAGGUUAAAGUUGAUCCAGUCACUGGACAAGUUUUGCUUCGAAGUGGACAAGUCAACCCGAAAUCUGGGAAACCUGACAAGGAUGUCGGUAGAUUAAUUUGCUUGAGAAUAAUUCAGAAUAAAGUCGAUCCUGUAUCUGGGAAGCAAAUUGUUGCUAAUGACCCCAGAAACGUUAAAGUUGAUCCUAAAACCAACCAAAUUUGGGUCGCUGGACCUAAAGAUCCACAAACUGGCGAAACUUUGUUCACCGCUGGACAGAUCGAUCCAACUACUGGAUACAUUAUAACAAUCUACGGACGUUUGGAUCCAAAGACUGGAACCAUCGUACGAACUACAGACAUUGACAAAUCGCUCAUAAAGGUUGAUCCUGUUAACGGACAAGUCUAUACAGCUACUGGCGAUGUAGAUGAGAACAAUCAACCUCUCUACUCCGUAUCUCAAGUCGACCCUGGCACCGGGGAAAUCUACACCAAAGUGGGAAAAAUUGAUCCAAGAACAGGCAGGCUCGUUAUUGUUAAGAUUUUCAUUAUCACACAAAAGGACGAUAAAGGACGCGUUAAAGAGGUUGAUCCUAAAGAAUGCACUAUUGAUGAAACUACGGGAAGAAUCAUUACAACAAAGACAGUUUACUUGUAUCAAAUUGUGGACCCCAUCACCGGUGAAACGAUUGACGUAGAUCCUGAUGACCCGAGACUGAAGGGUGCGAGAACAACUGUCACUCAGACAAUGACGUUAUCGGGCAAAAUAGAUCCUGUUACGGGCAGAAUUAAGACAGAAUACGGAGACAUAGAUCCUGACACGGGCGACAUUGAUCCAAGCACCGCGGUUAGAGAUCCAGUUACCGGGCAGCUCAUAUUACAUUAUUCACAAAUUGAUCCUUCACAUUUCGGCGAUAAGAGUGGAAACUAUACUAUUGAGAAGGAAACCGAGGAUCUUCCUGCCAAUAUUGACAUUCAGACAGUAAACACUCAUAAGUUUUCCACAUUUGGAAAGGACGAGAGUCCUGCGCGAGGCGAUGAUCCUAAGAGUUUCACGGAGUACACGACCAGUGAACAUAUUAGACAUCAGGGUUACGUGUCAUCCUCUACCCCGAAUUCCUCUAAAAUCCCCAUAUCACAGCGCAGCAAGAAAACUCCCACACCUCCUGUAGUAGUCAAGACUACCACCAAGCAGCUACUGACGAAAAAUGAUGAUGGUGUCACGCACAAUGUCGAGCAGGAAGUCGAGAACUUAGGAACCGGUGAAGUGACAUUCUCGACACACACAAAUAAGGCGGAAAGCCUGGAACCGAUGGAAGGAAAGAGUCCAUAUGUGACCGCGAGAGCUGUUACCACGCGGACAGCUACUACACACCACGACCUUGACACGAAAGCCAAGACCCAGCAAAUGGAGGAAAAAACUGUUGCUCACACAUUGACGUCGUCAGCUACAAGACAAGAACAACGAGUUCUCACACAACAAGUGAAAACGACAGUGACAACAGGCGAUCAGCUUACUAGACGCGGCUCAGAAAGUUCGCUGAGUAGUGGAGAUUCUGGUACACCGAUCGAUUUCGAAGAAGGCGCCGGUGAAGGACAUUAUUAUACGACGGAACCGGGCUCGUAUCGCACGACAACAACGAGCACCGUCAUGGGCAACGCGCCCUUCGGCACUAUGGUCCAUGGGGCUACUGCCAGAACAAGCACAGGCCCGCAGCCGGAGGUAGUGCCCGAAGAGGGCGAAGCGCCGCCAGACGGCGAGGUGGUCUCCUCGCAGACUAUCAGCUCCAAAACGCGCACUGUCGAGACUAUCACGUACAAAACGGAGCGCAACGGCGUGAUUGAAACGCGUGUCGAGCAGAAGAUCACAAUCCAGUCAGACGGGGACCCCAUCGACCACGAUCGCGCCCUCGCCGAGGCCAUACAGGAAGCCACUGCGAUGAACCCAGACAUGACAGUGGAGAAGAUCGAAAUCCAACAACAGAGCACGCAGCCGUAACGCGGCAUCACACCAUCCGCUAUCUUGUAAUUUGUAUACAUUGACUGUCUGUUACGUUUAAUAUACAUCUUAAUGUUUAUAUAUCGCGCAAUGUAUGUCUGAUUGAAGACCACAUUUGAAAACGUCUUAAAUUGUCAAUAUACAAUUACUUUCGUAAUUUGAUCUAGUGACAUGUCUUAGACGCUUUCAAACGAGGGUGGUGGUAGUUUUUAUUUUAUCACCUUGCAUAAUGCAAAACGGAAGGUAUGAAAAUUCUUAUGAACAUUUGUUUAUUUAUUAGUUAUUCAAUGGUAGCUUUUGAUUUUGUAGAUCAUCGAUUCUCGUUAGUUUUCAUUAGACGAUCUGUGCUAUUUAGACCGAAAAACAUAAAGGAGCUGUGUAUCACAUAUAUUAAUCACAUAAAAUAAUAAACUAUAAAAUACAUUAAACAAACAUUUCAUUGCAAUCGCAGUGAGUUCCACAGGGGAACUAAUUGAAUCCCUCAAUAUUUACAAUUUAUGAGUGAAAUAGAGUUGCUAGUUAUAUGGAACAUAUAUUUAAACUUAUGAAAAGAAUAGAAGUAUACAACAUUACAGCAUGGCGGCGAAAGUCAUGUAUAAACAUUGUAUGUAUAUCGAGGUACAUACAAGUAGUUGUAAGCA